UCCCCAAUGUGAUUUUUCCAAGCCUUUCAUAUAUAUAUCAGUCUUGCCCUUUCUUUCUCUGUACAUAAAUUUUCUCUUCUUUCUUUCUUUCUUUCUUUCUUUCUUUCUCCAUCUGUGUAUAAACACCUCCACACGCAAUUCUAUCUUUUGCUUCAUUAAGAUAACACAGAGACAAAGAUACUCCUCCAUAUUGUUUUGUCUCUUCUUCUACUAGUAUUUGUUUCUAUUGCUUUAAUCGUUCUUUGAAGUGAAUCUUAUUUUUAUCGUCCUCGUCGUCGUAAUGGGGAGGGGUAGGGUUCAGCUGAAGAGAAUAGAGAACAAGAUCAAUAGACAAGUGACGUUUUCGAAGCGAAGGUCUGGGUUAUUGAAGAAGGCCCAUGAGAUCUCCGUACUUUGCGAUGCUGAAGUCGCGUUGAUCGUCUUUUCCACCAAAGGCAAACUCUUCGAAUACUCUACUGAUUCUUGCAUGGAAAGGAUCCUUGAAAGGUAUGAGAGGUAUUCCUACUCUGAGAGGCAGCUUCAGCCAAAUGACAUAAGCAAUCCGGGAAGCUGGACUAUUGAACAUGCAAAGCUGAAAGCAAGGGUGGAGAUUUUACAAAGAAAUCAAAGCCAUUUCAUGGGACAAGAGCUGGACACUUUAAGUCUCAAAGAGCUUCAAAGUUUGGAGCACCAGCUUGAUUCUGCUCUUAAGCACAUACGCUCAAGAAAGAAUCAACUCAUGUUUGAAUCCAUUUCGGAUCUUCAGAAAAAGGACAAGUUACUCCAGGAACAAAAUAACUUGCUCUCAAAGAAGGUGAAGGAGAAAGAGAAGAAUUUGGCCGAACAGGCGCAGUGGGAGCAGCAAAAUGAUGGCCUGAGCUCACCCUCCGAACUUCUAAUGCAGCCGUUUAACAACAGCGGCUCAUACCCAGUGGGAGGGGCCAAUGGAGGAGAAGAUGAUGACAUUCCAACAUAUCGAGUGAAUGCAGUGCUGCCCUCAUGGAUGCUUCCUCCUAAAUGAAUGAAGAAAAUAAUAAGCAGAUAAGUGUUAACUGUGCUUAGUAUGUAUGGAAGCUUUUUGAAAUAGAUAUAUGGAUAUGGAAAUGGAUGAUGACUGUUAUAAUUAAUGGUGAUGUAAGGAGGGUCGAUAUCGGGUCUGUCUGUCAUUGUUGACUACUGUGUCUCUACCAAAAGUUACAGCAGUUUGACACCUGCCAGGUUAUGGAUGAAGGUAAUAUUUUAUAUAUUCUGGACAGAGUCAGAUGCAAAACUCAAUACAAAAUAAAUAUAUUAACCUCUGUACUUGCUAUUUUGUAAUAAUUUUGUCAAUAAUUAGCUA